AUGGACGGUGAACAGCAUAUUAUUGGGACGGCCAAGAUGGAACGCACGCUUCGAAAUGACAAUAAUAAUGUAGAUAUUACAGUUACAAAGAAUAAACUUGCUAGGCUCGGUGCACAGGCAAUAGUGAAACUGAUCACUACCUGGCUUGAUACACAUGCCAUUAAUGAUUCACAGCUGGUCUCGGAUAAUUUAGUUGAAUUGGUGAAAAAACAUGGGGUACGGAAUAUUGCUAAUAUGGCUGUCACGAGUUGGUGGCCUUCUUUAUCUCGAGAACAGUUAUCACAACUGGAUAUCUGGUCUGUUUUAUGUGACACUUCAACUAACCAAUGGGUAGCGUCCAGAUGUUUGGAUAGAGAUGGAAAGCAAUUUAUCGUAAAUGUGGAGCCGAAUGAGCUUAUCAAUGGUAUGCGCGAACAGUUUAAACGACUUUACGAAUUGGAUGUUAACAUUGAGGAAAACGAUGAUUUAAGUAUGUACAUAUGCCGAGUUCAGUUGUUCGAAUCAACUGGCGACCUUAUUAUCAAUACACACAAACCGUUCUACUUUGCUAUUAUGCCGGGACACUCGAUUAUCUUCCACUCGUUGCAGUCUGAUACUCACUCACAACUUAUAUUACUGGCAUUCUCAAAGCUACAUUCCAAGACAAUCAGGUUGGAAAGAAUUAGCAGGAAACCAACCACGUCAUUACACGAAUUAAACCUUUCUCUAGGGCUGCCGUCUGUAAAUACUACAGGGUAUGGGAUUUGGUCCGUAUAUUCGGGCAAGGAUGCACUAGAGCCAUCUCCACUAAUAGAACCAAAAGAUCAUCCAAUAAAUCAUACCCUGUCAGAUUCUUUAAUUAAGGACCAGACCAGACGAAGAAGUGAUAUAGCAAUGCUAAAGUUUAAGGGUUCUAUUUCUGGUGUUAGGAGACAGAGAAUUUAUGCUAUGAAGAGAAUGAAUGAUAGAGUAUACGGAAACUCUGAUACAAACCUUAAAGAGAUUACUAAAUAUGACUCGCUUCUGCCGGUGAGGAGAGUGAAGUUCACAUAUGAAGACACCAAAAUGAAAGGUAAGAUUCAGAUUAAUCUUAGUGGUAAGGAUAUUUUUGGUGGUCUACACGAGUUAAGCGAUAAGGGUUUAUUAGAUCCCGUGGUGAUGCCCGAUUGGUUGUGUGGUGAUUACGGAGAUACUUCAGGAAAUGUUGAAGAUGGUGUUUUCACUCCUAACCCAGUCGGAGGACUUAUAUAG